AUGGCUGCAGGAAAAGGAGCCACAGCGCCAAAGCGGCCCUCGCAAUCCAAAGUCGACGAGGUAAAGGCCAAGAAGAAAGAGAAGGACACAGAAUCACCACAAGCCAAGCCGCAAGCGAGUCACAGUGGGAGUCAAGCACCGAGCCACACGAGUCAAGGUCCUUCGAAUGCCCGGGCACGAGGAGAAGAAGCGCGAAUUGAGGAGAGGAAGCGUGAUGAACGAGAUGAAGAGCGCCGAAGGGAAGCCGAGAGCCGAGAUGCCGAGAGCAAAAAAGCCGAGAUGCCGAGGGAAAAGCGGCCACCGUACGGACAGCGCACGACGGCCAGCGCACUCCAUGCUGCCCCCAGUGCUCCACCAGCGGAUGGAGACGUCACGUGUGGUCCAAAAAAGAAGGAGCACGGGAAAGCUAAAGCACUACCGACUUUCUCUAAACAACCGCCAGCACAUCCUCCAGCUGUGCCUCCUGCACAGCCUCAGCAGCUUCCACCUCCACCCGAGAAAAAGACCCAUCCGCAGCAACAACCACCUGCGCACCCACCCUUGCAGCCACCCACCCUUCCACCGGCACAGCCACCUGCGCAAACGCCGGCGCCGCCAGCUGUCCCACUGAACUCCAUGUGGGCAGACAACAAGUCGUCAACUGUGGACUUCGUGGGUCAGCCACCUGCGGCAGAAGAUUCAACAGCCAUGGCACUGCCACCACCUCCUUCCAUUCCACCACCACCUGCCCCCUGUGGCUCCCUCGUGACGAGUGUGAAGCCAAAAGCCAUAAGCCCAGCUCCUCCUGCCGAGAUGGAUCCAAGCAUGAGGAAUAUUCAGCGUCCUCCUCCCGGAAUCGACCUGGGCCUGUUGUUGACAGGGCCUGCCCCAGGACUAUCGCCGCAACCUGUCCUGCCUCCCCCGGGCAUUGCCAACGCUUUUCCUCCCGACUCAGCCCUGGCCCCUGCAGAGGCAGCCGCUGUUUCAGCCGUCCAAGGUUUGGGGACCGACAGCUUUUUCGGAGGAACUGGGUUGGGAGCUCCCGGUUUGGACUUUGGAGGUUUGCAGCCCGGAAAUGGCCUGGGUGCCAUUGGAUUUCCACCUGGCAUUUCGCCAAAGCAGCCAAUGCCGCCUCAACGAGCACUGGGGCUACAGCGUCCAGGCUAUGGCGAUGGAAAUCCUGACGGUAACGACUUUCUCUCUGAUUUGAGAUCAGAUUCGAGGAGGAUGGACAAGUGAACUUCAUUGAGGACAGUGAAAUGAAUGACUCUUGGUUGAAAUGGCCCGUAUACAUAGCAUGAGCCUUAAGCUAUGCAAAUGUCCGUGCAAUCAGAGCCCGAAUCUAGCAACUCUGCUGUGGUGUUGGGCGAAGCCUUAGGUGUUUGAACCAUUUGCAUGCUGUUGUCAAUGCCGUGCAUGGUGUUGGACCAUCGAUGCAUCAGGGCUUUUGUCACGUCCCUGGUCCCUGUUCCAAGAAAUU